AUGCUCAUGCCUGACGUCAGCAGCGGGAGCCUCUUCAUCCACCCGUCGGAUUUCCAUCACGGAAGCAUCGAUGGCCCCGCAGCCGUCGAUUCUCUCCGCCAGGCUUUUUUCACCGCUCAGCUCGACCGCGCCAUCCUCGAUAAGACAUUCUCCGACAAGACCACUGCUGUUGUCACCGAGCCGGCGAGUUACGAAGAAGGCUACGUGUACGACCCCACGGCGCCGAUUCCGGCGGAUGCGACGGACGUGGUGUUGGUGCGGCACGGCGAGACGUUUUGGAACCACGACCACCGCCUGCAGGGCCAGCUCGACACGGAACUCAACGCCGCCGGCCUCGCGCAAGCUCAGGCUGUCGCGGCGCGCUUCGCCACGUGGGAGUUUCCCUUCUGCGCCAUCUACGCGUCGGACCUGCGACGCGCCGCGGACACCGCGCAGGCCAUUGCGGACCGCGCGGGAUUCCCGGGAAUUGUGAAGGACGCGGGUCUGCGCGAGCGCCACAUCGGACACCUUCAGGGCUGCCUGGCUCACGAGGCGCCUUUCAAACAGCCGGAGGCGUUCAAUGCGUUCCAGUCGUCGGACCCCACCGUCACCAUUCCGGGAGGCGGGGAGAGCAUGGCUCAGCUGGUCGAGCGGACGAGCAAGACCGUGGAGAAGAUCGCACGCCGUCACCGCGGGAAGCGUGUGGUCGUUGUUUGCCAUGGUGCCGUGAUGAUGGCGCUGCAUCGCCACGCGUUGGGGCAUGACUCGUCCAUGGGGGUCAUCAACGCGUCGAUCAAUGUCGUCCGCCUGUCUGUUGAUCACACGUGGCGUGUCCUCCACUGGGGCGAUGUGAAGCAUCUCGAUGGCAUGGAAUUCGACCAUGACGGCUUCGGCGGUGGCAAAGACUCCGCUUGA